UUGUUGGUAAGAAUGUACUAAGUGUGUAUGAGGACAAGUUUGAACGUAAAAGCGCUGUUCUGUGUUUACUGUUUACAGUAGAGAAAAUGUACGAAGCCCAGACGAUAAACGCUGAACAUAAGGAUCUCAUACAUGAUGUUGCGUAUGACUACUACGGUGAAAGAAUGGCCACAUGUUCAAGCGAUCAGUUUGUUAAGGUAUGGGAUCAAGACGCUAGCUGGAAGGCACAUAGUGGAUCAGUGUGGAAAGUAACAUGGGCUCAUCCAGAAUUUGGCCAAGUGUUGGCAACAUGUUCUUUUGACCGUACUGCUGCCAUCUGGGAAGAAAUAGUGGGUGAGGGUUCUGUACCUGGAGAACGUGGUAUGCGACACUGGGUAAGGAGAACAAACUUAGUUGAUUCACGAACUUCAGUCACUGACGUUAAAUUUGGACCAAAAUCUCUUGGUCUUUUGCUGGCAACAUGUUCUGCAGAUGGUGUUGUUCGUAUAUAUGAGGCUCCAGAUGUCAUGAAUCUGAGUCAGUGGACACUGCAACAUGAAAUAUCGUGUAAGCUUUCAUGCAGUUGUGUGUCAUGGAAUCCAUCAUUUUCCAGGUUACAUCCUCCUAUGUUGGCUGUUGGGAGUGAUGAUACAACUGUAUCAUCUGGAGGCAAGGUGUUCAUUUAUGAGUAUAAUGAAUGCAGCCGGAGAUGGGUGAAAAUUGAAACAUUAUCUACAGUAACAGAGCCAGUACAUGAUAUUGCAUUUGCACCAAAUCUUGGGAGAAGUUACCACUUGCUUGCAGUUGCAACAAAAGAUGUUCAGAUUUAUAAACUUAAUCCCUUACCUGACAAAGGUACCCAGAGUGGUUUAACAAAACUGGAAGUCUCAUUGCAAGCACAAUUUGAAGACCACUACUCAACAGUGUGGCGUGUCUGCUGGAAUGUUACUGGAACUAUGUUGGCUUCUUCGGGAGAUGAUUGUUGUGUUCGUUUGUGGAAAGCUAAUUUUGCAUCAGAGUGGAAAUGUGUGGCUGUACUUAAAGGCGACGGUUCACAAGUGAAGACAGACAUCUCCUCACCAGCACAGGCGACACCAGCCCUGUCAGGAGUUUCACCAGGAGUCGGUGCAGUUGCAGUCUUAGCAGGAGCAGCACUGGUUGCUGGUGGUGGAGGUAGUGGUUCUGGUGGUGGCUCAGCACAACAGACCAGUGCUGCAAGAGGGGACCGGAGAGAGGAAGCUCCAGCCAACACUAGGAGAGUCGCUGGGAGCACCGCAAUGCAUAGGGGUUUGCCAGGAGCAGCCUCCAUACGACCAUCUGAUGAUACUGUAUCCACACAUUCUGGCAGUAAGUGGCAGGCACCAGUGAUGAAGGGGAGAUUCCAGAAGAUGACUUGGCUGGGAUCUGAUCCCCCUCCACCGCCUCCACCAGCUGUCAAGACAAGGCCUUUCAAGAAAUAGACUGAUAUGAGUAAUGAUGUCUUCUACAUGUCUACACCUCUUAGACUUCCACAUAUUAUUUAUGCUGACGUAAAUAAUAUUUUAUACUGAUGGGAGAUGCAGUACAAGUAGUGCUGUUUCAGUCUGUAAGACCUCUGUAUUUGUCCCACAAUUUGUGAAUAUUUUAUGACUCCUCAAUAAUUAAAUAAUAGAUUUUUUUAUAAGGCAAAUAGCUUUAAAUUUCUCAUGUUCAGGAUAUGAGGGUCAACUGCUAAACUAGUCAUCAUCUUUUGACUGAGAUGGACAUUGUUUUCAGCAAACAUAUGCAUGUUUCUGAGAAACGUAUAAAAGACUGAAUUUUGCUGCUAGUAUAUUCAGAACUAUGAUCCUAUUUAAUUUCUUCAUUGAAACAGUGGUUUUCUUUUACCAAGUGUAAUAGGAUUUUCAGACCUUUGUCCAAUCUCCCACUCUUAAACACCAUUAACAACUUCUUUACAGAUCAAUCAAAUAAACAUGACUACCUACAAGUAAUUAUGUUUUAACAUUUUGACACUAUUUGUUUAUGAAAUAAUCCUGAGUUGUUAUUGUCUUUUAUCUUAAAACAUCAUCAUCAUUAUCAGAUGUACCAAUCCUGGUGAAAGUCACUGUUUACUUAUUUAUUUCUCUAAACUUCUCAACACAUUAAAAGUGGAAUUAUUAGGUGAUCUUGUAGAUUUAAAUGGCUGAAAUAUACACCAAGCAGCAAAGUAACAUCAGGUUAACAAUUUUGCUAUAUCUUAGAUUAAUUUUCCUAAAAGCCCAUAAGGCACUUUAUUUAACUAGCAUGACUGUAUCAUUUCAUCGUUGUUCACUAAUGUGAAAGUAUGUUGAAUGUACUGGAAAUGCUUACUCUUCAUCCUACAAACCAAAAUUCUUUUGAGGAAUUGAUAGUAAAUGCAUUAAAAUUCUAUUGUACUAAUAGUCAUGUAGGGUGCUGUGAAAACUGUUACAAUUUUGUUUCAAAGCAUUAUGUAAGUUUUAAUAUGAAAUUUCAAACAGAUAUACAUCCACAAUAAUGCCCUGGAAACAGUAACUCUGUUUAUUUUGAAUAUCAAUCACUUCAAGAACUGGUUAUGUUCUAGGAAACAAGUGGACCAAUCUGUUUUUUCUUCUUCAAAGCUUGUGUCCACUGAUAGUAGUUAGAUAAGGGUGGCCAUAAAAACUGUUGUAUCAGAAAGAGAUUUAUUAAAUAAUGUAAAUAUACAAAUAUAUUCUUUCAGCUGGUUAGUGAUGGAUGAUGAGUCAAAUAGUGUGUGUAUUAUCAAAUACCUGUAAAGUCAAAAGUUAAUUUGAGUAGUUUUAGACUGCUGGUAUGGCACCUUGUAAUUCAGAGUUCCCUAUUCAUGAUCUCAACUCAAAAAUAAAUUAAUUCAAGGUACAAGAUUUUUCACUGAGUUCUUGUUAAAAAUACAAUUCACUUAUAUCUAGCUUCCAUAUUAAUGAAAGGUUCAUUUUUACCAUAUGAUGCUCAUGCUAUUCACCAGACCAAUAAGAUAAAAUAUUAUUGUUCAAGAAUCAUUUUUAGAUAAAACUGAAACAUUUCAUUAUAUUUAAAUUAAUUCUCCAUAUUUUAUCAUCUUUUUGUUCCUACCAUUCAGUAACAUUUUCAUUCAUGUUUUGAUUAAUAUAUCUUUGUAAUUCUCUUAUUUCUCAGCUAUAGUCUUACUUCUUCACUUUCUUUUUUCUUGCAUGCAUAGAAUGUUCACAGAAAUUACUUUCUAGUAUCUGGGCACAAGACAAAUGUGGAGUGUGUAUAAUUAUUGUUGCCCAACAGGGUCUAUUGAAGUGCCCUCCCCCUGCCUCUCUCAGAAAUUUAGAUUAAAACAUGCACCAUAUUGGUCUGAAUAUAAGCCAUGACCCCCCCCCCCCCCCUCCUUUUAUGCUUGGGGGGGGGGGGGGGGGGAGAGACAAUAAGUCAGGAGAAAAAUUUACAUCACAUUACCCCCCUACAAAAGCUUUUCAAAGAACAGUCACUCUUAAUCACAUUUUUUUGUAUUGUCAUAUAGAUAAAUUACACAGAAAUGCCAGCCAUUUUAUCACAGUUUUUACUGAUGUCACUGUUAACUUACUUAUAUUUUCUGUUCCUUAGCCAGCCGCGGUGGUCUAGCGGUUCUAGGCGCUCAGUCCGGAACUGCACGACUGCUACGGUCGCAGGUUCGAAUCCUGCCUCGGGCAUGGAUGUGUGUGAUGUCCUUAGGUUAGUUAGGUUUAAGUAGUUCUAAGUUCUAGGGGACUGAUGACCACAGCAGUUAAGUCCCAUAGUGCUCAGAGCCAUUUGAACCAUUUUUUUUUCUGUUCCUUACUGGCAGUAUUUUUGGCACUCUUCCUCCAAAGUACAAUGUGCUCACUGCCAUCCAAGACACUGGACACACAACACUAUUUUAACAUGUUGGCUACUGAAUCUGGUGAUGUGAGCCAUGAAGAGCUAAUCCAUUCACACACGAGGUUGACUGAUGGCUUUUUAAUCUUGCCAGAUGUAAUGAGUGCAUAAUCCCUGUGUAAAAACAUUUUGGAAUAGUUUUUGUUUAUGAUGACAUCAAGCAUCAGCAGUUUUUAUGUCAUACCUCCAAUUAUAAUGACUAAAUCGGUCUUCACUGCAAGAAUUUUAUUCUGUACUUCAGAUGUAAGUUGGCUUUUAAAGGCAACCAUCACUAGUACAGAACGUACUGAGCAACACAUCUGCCUAUUCACAAAUUCUUAGGGCAAUUUUUCUGCUAGUGUAGUACUCCACCAGAAAGAGAGGCCAGUUCUACAAAUAAACCGCUGCACAGGCAGUAUUCCAAUGAUAUUUUACUGUGGUAUGUUAAAAGUCCUUGCAAUUUCCAAGAUCUUUAACAAGAUUAUUUGUCAAGGGGUAGGUAGCCCAUCUUCUUUAAUUUGGCACAAAGGAAAUAAGCUCAGUUUCAAGUUCAGGUUAUUUUGCAGCUUCGACCCUCUGUAGGUUUGUAAGUGCUACUCUGAGAUGGAAAGGUUGACACAGGAGAGGAAUUCAUGGUGGGCCACAUCAAACCAGCCAGAAGACUGAUGACACAAAAAAUAUAGGGUUAUCUUGACAAAAUGUUAAUAUGCAGAUCAUACUAAAAUGUGGUUGACACCACACAUUACAUUGGACCAAAUUAUACUUUUUGCCAUUAUCUCUAUUAGAUGUACUCUUCACAUAAUGAAUAACUGCAAGUUUGAAAUUUGCAUUAUAAUUCUACUGUAUUUGGGAGUUUGAUGAUUUUUCUGUUGACAUCGCCACUUAUUGGAGAAAGACUAAAUUUUACACUUUAGAUAGAGAAAAACUAAUCCUGUCUUGUUGUGUAAUGUAACGAAAUCGUGAACCUGAUAAUACUCAAGACAUAAAUGAAACGUCAGCCGUUGAAGUUGAUUACAUUUUCAACAAUGAUUAAUUUCUAAACACUUGUAGUAUUUUUGCUUCAUUUCAAACUGAGAAGUGAAAACUAAUGUUGUAGUUUCUAUUAUGCAAAAAUAUCCUGGUGUUUGUAAAUUUGCACAGAAAGCCUCCUAAUGUUUCAUGGCCAAAUUUUGGGGAAACAUUGGGGCUUAUAUUUGGGCCACUUAAAAAAUGGCAAAGCUCCACAAACACUCUGGCAGGCCUUACAACACUGACCGAUCAUUGUGUCAUCCUCUGCCAAUGUGAUCGGAUGUGGUAUGGAGAUGCAUGGGAUCAGCACACCACUCUUCCAGACCUUCAAGCCAGUACUUUUCACUCAAGUAGCUCCUCAAUUAGUAUUAUGAGUAUUAUUAGUACACCCAGUCCACCCACCAAGGAAAUAUUUGGCUAAUAUGGUAAUGAAUGUGAACUACUGUCAUCCUGUAACUGGGCACCUAUUUCACUUUUAUCUUCUCUACGAAUAACAAAAUUAUUGAAAAUUUUACAAAGCUAAUUACAAAUUGUGUGAAUUCAAAUGAUCUCAGUUCUGAUUGUUGUGUCUGUGUUUUUAAAGCAAUAACAAAAUAUCAAAUAUUUAAAAACCAGUAUUAUUACAGUAUUUUUUCCUUGAUUUUUUUGUGAUGUUGUCUUAAUUUGUGAAAGGUACAUGUAAGUGUGACUUUUGUAUAGGCUGUUACUUAAUAUUUUAAAAUUCAAUUGUUCUGUAUAUAGAAUAAAAUUGGUACUUACUACAAAUGUGAAUAUAUCACUGUUGAUAUGUUGAUGACUGCUUUAUGGGCUUGAUUUUAUGGAAAUUUUGUAAAUUAUGUUUAUUGAACAUCAG